AUGCCACGAAAUCGUAAUAUUCAUGAAAUUUUAGAUUCUAUUACAGAAUCGGAUUCGGAAAAUGUAAAUCCUGAUAUAACUCUAUCUUCUCUGACAACUUCUAGAUCAACCCAACGUGUUCCUUGUUACUGUUUAACAUAUUUAUGUAAUGGUAAACGAGUUUCUCAACGUACAAAAUCUCGACAUGAAUCAGACGAUAUACGACGACAAG